UUCUUCUUCUUCUAAUUCUCUGAAAUCGAAGUUUCUCAAAGUGUUUUGUUUUUCCGAUGAGGUGUAAGAGACACACAGUAGAUUUCAGUAGCAGUAUCGGCGUUUGUGCUUCUUGUCUCCGUGAACGACUCUUUUCUCUCGCUGUUUCAACCGCCGCGUCUGAAAACGACGAUAACGAUCAUCGUCAUUCUCGGAUUUCUCCACCUCCUCUGCGUUUUCCUCGUUCUGUUUCUCCUUACGUUGCUCCAAGAAAAUCCGACGCCGGUACCGGAACCGGAGAUUCUGUAGCUUCUUCUAAUAACCGAUUCUUCGCAACGCCGCAAGUUGUUGAUCAUUCAUACGGCGGAGGAGGAGGAGGAGGAAGAGGAUCAUCGUCAUCGGAAAAAGUCUUCGAAUCAGACAGAUCGUUCAAGAAGAAAAAAAGCGGUUUAUCUAGAUUCUCAAGCUUCUUCAGAACGAGAUCUGACGAUUACGAUUCGCGUCGCGAUUCAUGCGACGCGUCCACGUUUUCUCAAUCGUCGUCGUCGACGACUUCACGGUCAUGGUUUUCGAAAGUUCUCACAGUUCGAUCGAAGAAACAAUCAACCACCACUACUUGCUACAUCGAGGAUUUGAUCGCUUCUGAAUCCGAUCAUCAUCAUCAAAAUCGACCUAGACAGAGAUAUUGUAGAGGAAUGUCGCCGGCGGGAGAUUCAGCGGCGAACGAUGAAUCAGUUGAGGAAUCACCUGGAAGAUUAAGAAGAACGCCGGCGAUGGGAACUCCGGGGAGGAAAAAGACGGCGACGAUUGGGAUUGGUAGAAGUGUAUCAGGGAUGGCUUUUUGCUUGAGUCCAUUAGUGAGAGCUAAACCUAACUGUGCUUCUAAUUGGAAAGCGAAAUUUCCGCCGGAUUUUGGAUAUUCCGGUGAAUUGAAGUCUCCGGCGAAGCCUCAUCUUUCAACGGCGGCGUCUUUUUGCGGUAACCGGUCUAAGAAGCUUGUGGAUUUAGGUAGAGUUGAUCACCGCCGUUGAUUUUUUUUUGUUGGGGUCAAAAUCUGACCGUUCUUUGAGAAAUUACCUAAAAUACCCUUCACAAGAUUCAUAUGGAAGUUAUUAUAUAUGGUGCUUUACUAUACCAACAGAUAAAGAGUGAAUUUACUU